AAUGGACGAGGCAGGUUUGCGGCUCAUUUUGAAACCGACAAGCAAACAAGAAUCAACGUUCAAAGGCGCUCCGCCCCACGGAGCAGCAAAAAAAUCACGGAUAAGAAAUAAAAACGCGCACAAAAACUACAAAUUAAGAACAUCCAUCCACAACAAAAGCAACAAAUAAUUAUACCAAAGUACAUUGCACCUCGGAAAAAUGGUCAUGGAAAUGUCCAAAACAUAUCAGUACCGCAAGGUGAUGAAACCACUGUUGGAACGCAAGCGACGCGCUCGCAUCAAUAAGUGCCUCGACGAUCUGAAGGACCUGAUGGUGGAGUGCCUACAGCAGGAGGGCGAACAUGUGACGCGUCUCGAAAAGGCCGACAUACUCGAGCUGACGGUGGAGCACAUGCGCAAGCUGAAGCAACGCGGCAGCCUUUCGCUGCAAUCACAGGCCAGCGCACAUAUCGAAUCCUUUCGCUCCGGAUAUAUGCAUGCGGCCGAUCAAAUCUCACAGGUGCUGCUGCAGCAGUGUCAAGCCGAUGAAUUAGGUGGAAAAAUUAUGAAAUUCCUCUCUACGCGCCUCAUCGAAAUGCAACAUCAGCUGCUGCGCUCCUCAGCCGUGGCUGCGAUUGGCACAGCGUCACCGACAGCCAGCGCCGCCAGCUUAUUGCCUCUACCAUUGACGCUGCAAAUGCCUUUGCCGUCGGCAAAUUAUAACUACAGUGAAUGUGGCGAAUCGAUGGGCUCACUUGAAUCGCCGACCAGUGCGAAAUCACCAAUGGAUUAUUAUAGCGCCGUGAGUGAGGCGGCGCAAAGGACAUACACCACUGCUGCCGCGGCUGUUUCAGGCUCUGCUUUGUCGGCGGCGGCAUCAUCCGCAAACAAGGAACAGGAUCUCAUUGAUGUUACGACUGUGGAUAGCAGUAGCUGUUCAACGCGCGACACUGCAUCUGUGCUGUCAGUGGAUUCUUCCUGCUCCUCCGAACCGAUGUGGCGGCCAUGGUGAUUGGCGACGGCACAAGCAAUUAGUUAAGGAUUUAGUUGAGUAACACACACACACACACACACACCCACGCACACAUAGAAUUCGAAACAAUUUGAAUCGACAGAAUCGACUGUCUUCCGAGGCGCACGUAUGAGGCAUGGCGGUGGGCGGGCGGUGGAUCAUACACGCGCACGCCCCCAGUCCAAUCGCCGCAACGUAGCUGCCACACACACACACAUACAGAGUGCACUAUUUGCUUUACUUGUUGUCUGUGAUAUAAAUAUGUAUGUAUUUGCUUUUUGUAGUAUUUUGAGUUUGUAUGUUUGUAUGCAAUUUUAAUUUUCUAAGUAAUUUGCAUUAUUUAUAGUUUUGUUGCGAUUAGGGGAAAAAUUAUUAUUUUUUCAUAUAAAUAUGUAUAUUGUGCAGCUCAACUCCUCAUGAACCGAGCGCACUGCAAUUAAAAUUGAAUUGAUGUAAUGUCUGUAUGUAUUUAUUUUAUGUAAGAAUUAAAAUGACACUAAUUUUUCUAAGAAUUUAGCAAUCAAAGGAAGUAGCAAACCGGUAUUCCUGAAAUUGGUACCUAGCUUUAAUGGCAAAUGCCAAGAAGUACAGUUAUAAAAAAGCUAUGCAUGUAAUAAUUAAAAAAAAUAA